CCCCUAUGGUUUGUUUCACCAUACGCGUUUCGUAACAUCUUGUGAACAAUGUUACAUUUUAUGUUUGAUUAUACAAUUCAUGAAGGACAAAGUGUGAAAUACGUCAAAACAAAAGCCACAUGCUUGUUAGCAUAUGUUACUUUGGAACACGAUAUAACGUAUAUAAGAGACAUACACAUGCAUUGAUGAAAACCUUAUCCCCCUGGAGUAUUGUCACGAGUCUGAACAGGUGUACGCGAACGAAAUGCGUCCCAAGUUUUUUGUUGUCUGUUUGGCGGUACUGAUUAUUCAGUUGCAUCCAAGUGAGGCAUUCUUUGGAAAAGUCGGUAAAGCUAUCGGCAAAGGAUUCAAAACUGCUAAAAAUGUUGUAUCGAAGGGAUACGAAGCAUACACCGGGCAAAAAUUGACGUUGGGAAAUGCGAUUGGUACGGGAAUGCAACUUGCCGAGGGCAAGGUCCCAGCUCCAGCACCAGGAGCUGCUGGAAAAAUCAUCUCAGCCGGCGCCGACUUGUUGAAGAAGAAGAAGAAGAAGACCAACAACGAGCAAGAACAAUCAACACAAGAUCAGAAAAAUGAAAAGAAGAAACAAAAAAAGAAGAGAAGAAAAAACAAGAAGAAAAACAAUUCGAGAGAUAACGAAGCUGAAUUAUCAGACUAUAUGCGUGCCAUGGAAGAAAACAACAUAGAUCUUGACUCGGUGAAAGAUGCCGAAAAGAUAGUGAAUUCAGUUGAUCAAUCAAUGACAGACCAGCCAGAUGAAAGUUUCGGGAUCAGUGAACUCAUGAAAUCGGAAAACGGAAACUGAAUACUGAAAUUCGGCAAAAGAUUCAAUCUUCAACAUGGAUACAUUGAACUCAACCAAGAAAAAUUAAAAUUAGUAAAAUUUCUUCUCGAAAUAUAUUUCUA